AUGAACGCGUGUGUGUGUGCAAGCAAUAUUAAUGGUGACCACGUUUUUUUUGAAAUUCUUUCCAUUUUAGAAAUUAAAAAAGAGAAGAAAAAGAAGAAGAUCAAGGAAGAACCAGUUGAUUUAGAUGAUAUUGGCACAUUGCAAAAAACUGGUAGCUUUACCGUUAAGCCUUCCGAGAAAUCGGCCACAUUGGACACAUCACAAUGGCCAUUGUUGUUGAAGAAUUUCGAUAAAUUGAAUGUGCGUACCAAUCAUUAUACACCAUUGCCAAGUGGUUCAUCACCAUUGAAUCGUGAUAUCAAGGAGUAUAUGAAGUCUGGGUUCAUCAAUUUGGAUAAACCUUCAAAUCCCAGUUCACAUGAAGUUGUGGCAUGGAUUAAAAAAAUUUUGAAAGUUGAAAAGACUGGUCAUUCCGGUACAUUGGAUCCUAAAGUAACUGGUUGUUUGAUUGUUUGCAUUGAUCGUGCAACACGUUUGGUCAAGUCCCAACAAAGUGCUGGUAAAGAAUACGUUGCCAUUUUCAAAUUGCAUUCAAGUGUUGAAUCGGUGGCCAAAGUACGUCAAGGGUUGGAAAAAUUGCGUGGUGCCCUAUUCCAACGUCCUCCAUUGAUAUCGGCUGUUAAACGUCAAUUGCGUGUUCGUACCGUUUACGACAGUAAACUUUUAGAUUACGAUGAAUCGCGUAAUAUGGGUGUUUUUUGGGUUAGUUGUGAGGCUGGUUCUUAUAUCCGUACCAUGUGUGUACAUCUUGGUUUGGUACUCGGUGUUGGUGGUCAAAUGUUGGAAUUGCGUCGUGUACGCUCCGGUAUACAAUCGGAACGUGAUGGUAUGGUGACAAUGCACGAUGUUUUGGAUGCCAUGUAUUUGUAUGAAAAUCACAAAGAUGAAUCAAUGUUGAGACGUGUCAUUAAGCCAUUGGAAGGCCUAUUGGUCAACCACAAGAGAGUCAUCAUGAAGGACAGUUCGGUAAAUGCCAUUUGCUAUGGUGCCAAAAUUAUGUUAACUGGUGUCUUACGCUAUGAAGAUGGCAUUGAAAUCGAUCAGGAAAUUGUCAUCUGUACCACCAAGGGUGAAGCUAUCUGUUUGGCUAUUGCUCAAAUGACCACAGCCACUAUGGCAUCAUGUGAUCAUGGUGUUAUUGCCAAAAUCAAGCGUGUCAUUAUGGAAAGAGAUACAUAUCCACGUAAAUGGGGUUUGGGUCCCAAGGCUUCAGCCAAAAAAGCAUUAAUUGCUGCUGGCAAACUAGAUAAAUAUGGCCGUCCUAAUGAAAACACUCCCAAAGAGUGGUUGACUGGUUUUGUUGAUUAUAACUCCAAGAAACCAGCUGCCGCUGUGGCACCCCAAGCCACAAAUGGUAGCCCCUCAAAUGAAGAAGAGGAAAGCAAAAAACGUAAAUUAAGUACCUCCAGUGAUACAGUGCCUGUUGAAGCCUCGCAGGAAUCGGAAAAAUCCGAAAAGAAAAAGAAGAAGAAACACAAGGCUGACAAGGAGACACCCGAUGUUUCUUUAAUAGCCGAAGAAGCUGAGGAUGAACCUGCCGCCGUUGAGGGUGAAAAGAAGGAGAAGAAAAAGAAGAAGAAGAAGGACAAAGAUAGGGAGAAGGCUGAUGAAUAAACAUGAUG